AUAAGUAAUUCAUAUUUUAAUUUUAUUAGCUCUAAUCAUUAUUUUCAUCAGCACACUUCUAAUUGAAUUCUAAACUUAACUUCAAAAAAAUCAUUUCUUGAUCGAGAAAAAAGAUCCCCAUUUGAAUGCGGAUUUGACCCUAAAGCCUCAGCUCGACUACCAUUUUCCCUACAUUUUUUCCUAAUUGCCAUCAUCUUCCUAAUUUUCGACGUAGAAAUCACUCUUCUUUUUCCCCUAAUUGUAUCUCUUAAAUUCAAUAGAAUAAUAUCCUACAUACCAACUCUUAUUAUAUUUUUAUUAAUUUUAUUAGUAGGACUUUUUCAUGAAUGAAACCAAGGAGCUCUCGAUUGAACAAAUU